CCCCCCCCGGCCUCUGUCAAAUUCUGCCCGGUUUAAAGAGGCUAGAAAUGUCCUCGUCCGUUCUCUGUGUCGAGUAUUUUCACCCUGGCUUUCGAAGCCCCGUUUGGAAGACCCCAGAGGGGAUCAGAGCAGCCCCUUAUAAUCCUGGAAAGGAACCUUUGAAAGGAUCUGGACUCCGGGGCGUCCGGAUCCAGCUCAUGUGCCUCCCUGUGGCAUCUUUGGAAAAUGGCUUUGCCGUGCCUCAGUUUCCCUAUCUUGAAACCGGGGAUAAAUGCUCCUCGGCCGUUAGAUCGGAAGUUCCUCGGGGCAGGGCCUGGUGAAGGGCCUUAUCCUGGGCGGGGGAAGCUGAGGAAUACUGGAGGGGGCCCCCCCGAUCUCAGUGGUUAGCCUAGGACCGACGCGGGCUGCGGUUCAAGCCUUUAGGGAAACUGAGGCUUAGAGAGUCUGUCCGUAAAAUAGGCGACCAACCUCGGAUCGGGAGGCCCCCAGACACCAGGGUCAGUUUCUUGUGGAUUUACGGGACACCGGAGAUUUCACGGCGCUUUCCAAAGGCGGGCGGGAUCGUUAGGGAUGGGGAAACAGGCACGGAACGGGGCCGUGCCCGAGGUCACCCAGGGUGCUGAGAACAGAACCCAGGCGUCCUGGCCUCCCCCCUCCUCGGCCACGCUGUCUGUGCCGCGUUGCUUGUGUGGUGUCGGCAGCGUUACGGAGGUGAUCCAGUACCAGACGGUGCGCUAUGACGUGCUCCCUCUCUCCCCGGCCGCACGCAACCGGCUCAACCAGGUGAAGCGGAAGGUCCUGGUGCUGGACCUGGACGAGACGUUGAUCCACUCCCACCACGACGGGGUGAUGCGCCCCACGGUGCGGCCCGGGACCCCUCCCGACUUCAUCCUCAAGGUUGUGAUAGACAAACACCCCGUCCGCUUUUUUGUACAUAAAAGGCCGCACGUGGAUUUUUUCCUAGAAGUGGUGAGCCAGUGGUAUGAGCUGGUGGUGUUCACGGCCAGCAUGGAGAUCUACGGCUCCGCGGUGGCCGACAAGCUGGACAACAACAGGAGUAUCCUCAAGAGAAGGUAUUACCGGCAGCACUGCACUUUGGAGCUGGGCAGCUACAUCAAGGACCUGUCGGUGGUGCACAGCGACCUGUCGAGUGUCGUCAUCCUGGACAACUCGCCGGGCGCCUACCGGAGCCACCCAGACAACGCCAUCCCCAUCAAGUCGUGGUUCAGCGACCCCAGCGACACGGCCCUGCUCAACCUGCUGCCCAUGCUGGACGCCCUGAGGUUCACGGCGGACGUGCGGUCGGUGCUGAGCCGGAACCUCCAUCAGCACCGCCUCUGGUGACGUCAGCACCUCCUUUCUUCAGGCGUCGGCCCCUGACCUCCGCCGGAUCCCACCGCUGCCACCACCACCACCACGUGGACUCUGCCACCGUUUCCUGAACUCUGGAGAAGAGCGGGGUGGGGUGGGGGGGUUCACCCGCUCCCCCCAAUUCCCCACCAACAAACGACCCCCCCCCCAUGCCAAGAAUGGGCGGGGACUGACUCGGAGGGCGGAGCUUAUCCGGCAGCUGGACAAAGAAAGGGGGUGUGCAGCACGACGGCGCGCGGAUGGACGUGUCGAUCAGGCCGGGGGGGUGGGUCUGGUUUUACAAGACUCCGCCCCCCACUUACAUCCCCCCCGGCCUUGUACAAAGACCUCGUUUUUUCUUUUCGUUUCCUUUUUCGUUCUGUUCUUCCCUCCGCCUCUCCCCGGGCUGGAGCCGCUGGAUUUUUUUUUUGCCCGGGGGGAGGCGUUGGGUCUCGGAUCGGUGCCCCCGGGACGACCCCUUCUCUGUGGGGUUCUUUCCUCGGACUCGGGGGGAGCGGGAGAAGGAAAAGCCGGGCGGGAAAUUAUAGCCGCUAAGCAAGGCCAGAACCGGUGCCGUGUUCGG